UUAUAUGAUUUGAUUAACCAUUUAUAUCUUUAUUUCUUUUUUAUUUAGAUUACUGAAAACAAAAUGUUCAUUAUUUACCUAUACCUAAUAAAUGUUUAUUGAUUAUAGUUUACUAAUUAUAUAAUAUUCGGAUGAAAUGAAGACCUAAAUUGUCAUUGUCACAAAUUAAUAGAAGCCACGUUAUAAUAAUUAGUGUUAAAAAAUUAUCUAGUUUUAUUACCUUAACAUACAUCACACUUUAAACAUAUAUGUGUUAACUCUAGGAAAUACUCAGUAAUGUCGUCGACAUUUACCGGCUUUAGUGAAGAAGAUUUACAACGUAUUAAGUCCGGAGAUAGUGGCGGUAAUUCUGGCCUUCAAUUUAACCAGGCAGCAAUUAAAAAACUGGACAAAAUUGGACCAAAACCAAAAAGACCACUUAACCAGUAUAAAUUGCCAAUUCUACAGAAACAGAGUUCAGAUGAUGCAUUUGAUAGCUUAGUUUUUGAAAAAUGUAAACUGAGCUUGAAGAGUCCUUCACUACAUGAUGAUAUUAGUAACGAUAAUAAAAGACUUAGCGAUGAUGAUGAAAAACUAAGUGAUAUAACGUUGAAUGAUAAUGACAAAGAAAAUGUUGACACUAAUGACAAUAUAAACAAUACAACCAAUGAAGGACAAGAAACGGAAAGUAUAACUAAUGCAGAAAGUAUUGACGGUCAGGGAGUACAGGAAUUUAGAAAGUGCAGUACUGAUUUAGGACCAGAUAUAGUUAGAGGUAUUGGCAAUUAUUCCGAGAAUGAACUAGCAGCACACCGAGCGAAGUUAGAAGAGCUUCAACUGAAACAGAAGUUGAUGGAAGAACAAAAUAAGAAGAGAAAGGAAAUGUUGGCGAAAGCUUUGGCUGAUAGGACAAAACAAACAGAAGAAGAGGUGGUAAGGUUAGAAAAGAUUAAAAAGGAACUUCAAAUAUUAGAUGGACAAUUCUCUCAAGAUGUCAGUGUGCUGAGAAAGAAAAUUGAUCAGGCUUGUCUAAGUUAUUCGGAGGCUGAAAAACAAUAUUUUAAAGUGGAAAAAGAAUUCCUGCAGGCAAAAAUAAACUUACAAAAGGAAAGGGAGAAAAAAGAAUUGCUCACAGAACAUUUAUGUGCCUUAAUUACUCACAACGAAACGAGGAAAGCACAAAAACUUGAAACAUUAAUGCUUGAACUUGCCAGUGAUAAAAAACAUGAUUUGAAUAAUGGUAAAUCGGAUGUUAUUGACAUUAACAGUGAUAGAGUAAAUAUUAAACCAAGUCUCUCCAACACGUCUACUGAAGAUGAUGAAAAAGGAGUAAUAAUAGAUGGCGUUGAUCAAAGAUCUGCAAACCCUGAGUGGAAAGGAGCAUUAAUUAUUUAUUAGCGGGCAGUAUGCGUACAAUAAUAGAAGGAAACAUUAUUGAUGUUUCUAUUAAAACAUAUGAAAUAUGUUGACUACAUAAAUAACUCAUACAAUUAAAAUCAAAAUAAAUACAUAUCUGUAUACAUAUACAUAUAUACAUAGACAUAAAAUAUCUCUUUACAUACAAAAAAAUAGGUACAUAUACAUACAUAGACAUAAUAAGUUUAUGAGGACAGAAGAUGCUCUUUUAAUCUGCUCUUGAAUAUAUUCAGCGAUUGACUUUCACGAAUAUGCAGUGGAAGAGAGUUCCAUAGUCUAGCCGCAUGAACCGUAAAUGAUCCACUAUAGCAUGAGGAGGUAUGAGGAGGGAUUUUAAGAAUAAGGGAUUUACUCGACCUACUGGACAUGCCAGUGGGGUCAAGGAAAGUGAAACGUUCACAAAGAUAAGAUGGAGAGGAAGAAUUAUACAGUACAGAAUACAGGAAAGAUAAAAGAUGAAAAUCACGACGUUGACGAAUUGGGAGCCAUUUUAAUAUGCUUCUGUAAGAGGAGACAUGAUCGUAUUUUCUAAGUCCAUAAAUAAAACGUAUGCAUAAAUUCUGUAGCCGCUCCAACCUAUUUAAUUGUUCCUCUUAUUAUUGCUAUAACAAAUAAAUUUAUGUCUACUAUACAUUUUAUUGUUGUAAUUUCGUGUUGCAAUAUAUACACAAUAUACAGUAAUCGACCAAUGCUACACUCGGAUCACUAAUUGGCAAGCAUUUGUUCACUAUUUAAUUACGUAUUUUUUAUAAAUGUACAUAAAUAUUAGACUUUCAAAGUUAACGACUUUAAUGCGCUAGUACUCGAGUCUUAAAAUUAAAAUGUUAGUUUGACAAGCAGACAGACAGGGAAAUUAUUAAUUUAUAGACCAACUAAUUGAACCAGAAAUUGUCCUAUUUCUCAAGUUGGAGCAAGCAAUAAAUAUUUACAAAAUUUCAUUGAAAUAUAACACGGGAUUAAAAAAAAAAUAGAGUCAGAACUAGCUUAGUUGUCAGUAGUACGUAACAUCGGUUUUAACUUUGUAACCAAAUUUCAUUCCUAAAAUUAUAAUUUUAGAGAUGAAAUUUGAAGGAAUAGUGCACUCGAAUACGAAAUGAAUCGGUGUUUUGAGGCAACUGAAUGCUGUGCAAAACAUAUGAGAGGGAUUAAUAAACGUUUUUGUAUUUUUUUAAUACUUUGGUUGUCUGUGCUAACAUUAAGAUCCACCAUUAGAUUGUUUAUUAAAUAAAGUUUAUAAUACAAA